AUGUCAGAGUCUGUGUUUGCUGGACUAUGUCGUAAAGUGGGGUCUUCUAUACAGGUCAACAUAAGAAGAGAAGUAGUAGAAUUCAAACAAUUGUAUAUGCGUCUAACUGGGGAAGGCAAUGUAAUGUAUAGUGGAAGUCGACGAGAAGGAUUUAGGAUGGCGGGAUCGGAUGUAGACUUCAUGGUCUGGCCAAACGGCUUUCAAGUGAUCUGGAACUUAGAUCAGGCUCAGAAUCCAAAUACAAAAGGAAAAAUUAUUUUGUGUGACUGUUCUGAAAGUCCUCCUGGGUUCACUUUACUUGAGUUGAUACUCACAAACCAUGAAAAAACCCUGCCAUCCAUCGUAAGAAUGAACGACAAAUUUUAUGUUUCCAGUUCCAAAUACAGACGAGAACAUUGCGGUCCAAAUGCCACUGAACAUGGACCUUGUGAACAUUUCUUUAUAGAACACAGAGAAUUUGAUUAUGCCUACUGCCUUCAGUGCGAUUUUUGGCCUCCAUCUGCCUCCUUAUGGAUAGACAGAUGUCACUCUUGGCCCGAUGCUCAACUUGUUCAUGAUAUAGUCAGAAAUGGAUGUCACAUUGUAGCUAUAGGACACAAAUUGGGAAAUCAUGCAGAUAAUGAAUGGAGAAUUUCUUUUUCUCAAGCAGAACAAAAAAUUGUGUAUUCUAUGAACCAUAGUCAAUUUUUAACCUACGGUUUGCUUAAAAUUUUUCUCAAAGAAAUAAUUAACAAUGAUUCUGAUAACCAUGAUAAAUUACUGUGUUCCUAUCACAUGAAGACAGCAGUUUUCUGGGCAAUUCAACAAAACACAAUAUCGCGCUGGUGUCCACAAAAUAUUUUGGAAUGUUUCUGGGUCUGCUUCAAAUUUCUUCUGAAGUGGGUGUAUGAGGGCGUCUGUCCUAAUUUUUUCAUUCCAGAAAACAAUAUGUUUCUGGUUAAUAUCCAUGGUCAAGCACAAAAGAUCUUAUUCUGCAGAUUGUAUGGAUUAUAUAAGAAGGGAUUAGCAUGUCUAUUUCUCUGUCCUCCAUCAGGCGCUAUAUCAUAA